AGAUCAUUGGCUGGUGUUGGGACAAAAACACCAGUGUUUUAUCGUGCAAGACCAGAAAAUCAGGCUGCAGCUACACAGGCUUGAGCUAGUUUGCAAAAUGGAUUCAAUCUUCUCUGUAUUUGGAAAUUUUGUGAACUGGGAUGUCAGAAGUCUGCUGCUCUUCACCGCAAUUUUCAUCCUCAUUGCAGAUUAUCUAAAGAACCGGCGGCCAAAAAGCUUCCCUCCAGGACCCCGGGCAUUUCCUAUUGUGGGCAACAUAUUCACUGUGGAUCACAACAGGCUCCAUGAGAGUAUGACACAGUUAGCAGGAAGAUAUGGAGACGUGUACAGCAUGCGAAUGGGUCAGAAAUGGAUGGUGGUGUUAAACCGGUUUGAGGUUCUCAAAGAAGCUCUGGUAACUCAGGGAGACAGCCUGGUGGACCGUCCAUACCAAGCUAUAAUUGACGACGUAACUCAUGGACAAGGUGUCGUUUUCAGUAAUGGGAACAUAUGGAAGCAGCAGAGGCGUUUUGCACUUUCAACACUCAAAUAUUUUGGAUUUGGCAAGAAGUCUCUUGAACCUGUCAUCUUGGAUGAAUUUACAUAUUGUGCAAAAGACUUCAAAAGCUAUAAAGGUAAACCACUGAAUCCACACCUCAUCGUCAGCAACGCUAUCUCCAACAUUAUCUGCUCCCUGGUUUUUGGUCAUCGCUUUGAUUAUGGUGAUGAGUCAUUCCUGAAACUGAUGAGGUUGUUUAGUGAAGCACUCGAAAUUGAAGGAUCCAUUUGGGCACAGCUUUACAACGCAUUCCCUCUGCUGAUGAGACGUCUGCCAGGACCACAUCAGACAUUCCUGCACAUCUGGAAAGAUGUAACGGACUUCAUACGAGUUGAGCUCAAGGAGCACAAACAGAACUGGGAUUCCUCAGACCAAAGAGACUACAUCGACUGCUACCUGAAUGAGAUUAACACGAACAAGGGACAGGCUGACAGCACUUUUGAUGAAGAAAACCUGAUUGUAUGUGUCAUGAAUCUGUUUCUGGCUGGCUCUGAGACCACAUCCACCACCCUGCGCUGGGCUUUCCUCUACAUGGCAAAGUACCCCGAGAUCCAGGAAAAGGUCCAGGCUGAGAUAGACAGUGUGAUUGGACAGUCCAGACAGCCGUCCAUGGAAGAUCGCGCAAACCUGCCCUACACUGAUGCUGUUAUACAUGAGAUCCAGAGGAUGGGCAACAUAGUUCCCCUCAGCCUGCCUCAUAUUACCAACAGGGACAUCCAGCUGGGAGGCUACACCAUCCCAAAGGGAGUUACAAUAAUCCCCAAUCUGACCUCGGUGCUGUUUGACAAGACUGAGUGGGAGACGCCCGACACCUUUAACCCAGGACACUUUCUGAACAAGGAGGGCAAGUUUGUGAAGCGAGCUGCUUUCAUCCCGUUCUCUGCUGGUAAGCGAUUGUGUCUCGGUGAGAGCCUGGCCAAGAUGGAGCUUUUCCUCUUCUUCACCUCCUUCAUGCAGCAAUUCACCUUCUCCAUGCCUGCGGGAGUGAAGCCUGUCAUGGAUUUCGACUUUGGCAUCACUCUGGCACCAUGUCAAUAUGAAAUAUGUGCAACCUCACGCCUAGAGUAGCUCAAACAUUGAAUAAUAUAUAUAUAUAUAUAUAUGUUAAAGAUCAAUAGGCUUUUCUUCUUUUGUCAAUGUGACAGGGUUUAGAUAAUUUGCCAAAAUGAUACUUGCCUUUAUUUUUUAAAUUAUGUAGAAUCAUUAUUCAAAGUUAAAUUUUUGUAUUCUCCUAGUGCCAACACUGAAGACCUUAUGUCAUGUACUGUUUCUUUAGUGCCAGAUUUAAGUGUAAUGUGAUGUGGUUUAUCUGUCCUGUGCUGGGUUGAAGAUUUUAUUAAAAUCACCUCUGAUUUUUAAAAUUUCUAUAAGACUGUGAAUAACUCAGAAAAUAAUGUUGUUUCAUGGAUAUUGGGGCCCUAGAUGCUCUCAAAUAUUGUUUCACUGAUAAUUUAGUGUCCUUCAAGAUCAGUUAUGGUGUGUUUAUGGAUUACAGACAUUUUUUAUGAAUCACAUUUUUACACCUUUAGUUGUUUUGGUGAUCCAAAUGUCCA